AUGAAGAUAGUUCCAAAACACAAUGGCACGGAGGCAACUGAGUUCAUUCUUCUGGGACUGACCAGCCAGCCAGAGCUGCAGCCCAUUCUGUUUGUUGUAUUUCUCCUGAUUUACCUCAUUACCCUGACUGGGAAUUUUGGCAUGAUCUUACUAAUCAGAUUUACUCCCCGGCUCCAAACACCAAUGUAUUUUUUCCUCACCCACUUGGCAUGCGUGGAUAUUUUUUAUUCCUCUAAUGUUUCUCCUCAGAUGCUUGCUAAUUUCUUCUCUGAGAAGAAGACCAUUUCCUACACUGGGUGUCUGGCCCAGUGUUUUGUUUUUGUGACUCUGCUCCUUACUGAGUAUUACAUGCUGGGUGCCAUGGCCUAUGACCGGUACAUGGCAAUCUGCAAUCCCCUACAUUAUAGCAGCAGGAUGUCCAGGCCAGUUUGCAUCUGCCUGGUCACUUUCCCCUACCUCUGGGGUUCAAUGGUAGCUACGAUGCAGGUAAUAUUGACCUCUCGUUUGUCCUUUUGUGGACCCAACACCAUUAACCAUUUCUACUGUGCUGAUCCACCUCUCCUGAUGUUGACAUGUUCUGACACGUACAUAAAGCAAACUGCCCUAUUUGUGUCAGCAGGGAUCAACCUCACAGGCUCCCUGCUCAUCAUCCUCAUCUCCUACCUUUUUAUUUUUACCACCAUUAUGCGGAUCCGAUCCAGUGAAGGGCAGCGCAAAGCCUUCUCCACCUGUGGCUCCCACCUGACCGCUGUCACUAUGUUCUACGGGUCCCUCUUCUGUAUGUAUCUGAGACCAGCCAAUAAGCAGUCUGUUGAGCAAGGGAAAAUCGUGGCAGUGUUCUGUAUUUUUGUGAGUCCCAUGCUGAAUCCUUUUAUCUACAGCCUGAGGAACAAGGAUGUGAAACAGGCUUUGAGAAGAGUGUUUAUGAGAAACCUUGGCAAAAUGGACAAAAGUACAAUUUCUGUAGUCUCCCAAUAA